UUUAAAUGAUUAUCAUCAAUAAAUAUUGAUGAUCAUGUUGGGCUCACGCUCGUUUCGAACAUCAUGUUAUGGAAAUAUUUUUUAAAUCUUGGGCCUUUUGCCCAUUCAUUGAUUUCAUUUUUUAUUCAUGUUUUUCUCAUUUUAUUCUGUGAAAUUCAAGAUAAAUUUUUAGACGUAAAAUACACUGAUAUUGAUUAUGUAGUUUUCACUGAUGGUGCUCGAUUUUUAUUGAAUGGUUCCACACCAUUCGAUAGGCCUACAUACCGUUAUACACCCAUUUUGGCGUUAUUUAUGACACCGAAUCUUCUUUGGUUUUCUCAAUUUGGAAAAUUAUUAUUGUCAAUAUUUGAUAUAAUUGGCGGCAUUCUUAUCUACAAUAUAAUGGACAAACGAUAUUCUCGAUAUUAUUUAUUGUGGCUUUAUAAUCCAUUAACUUUGAUAAUUAGUACAAGAGGAAGUGCCGAAUCAUUGAUUUGUACAUUGGUCUUAUUAGUCAUUUUUUGCUUCAACAAAAAACAGUACAAAUUGGCUGGUUUAUGUUUUGGUUUUGUCAUUCAUUUCAAGAUCUAUCCGAUAAUUUAUGCUCCAACAUUCUAUCUAGCAUUAUCCGAACGAAAUUCAUCUUUAUUUGGUUCAUUGAUUCCAAAUUCUUCAAAAAUAAUUUUCAUCAUAUCCACUUUGACCGGUUUGAUAAUUCCCACCUAUUUUUCUUAUUUAUUAUGUGGUUCAAUCUAUUUAGAAGAGGCCUGGCUAUAUCAUUUUUACCGACAAGAUUUUCAACACAACUUUAGCCCAUAUUUUUACCUCUUUCAAUUAUUUGAUAAUGUAUCAACACAAAAAAUCAUUGGAUUAAUGGCAUUCGUUCCGCAAAUGUUAUUGGUCACCAUAAUAAUACCGAUUUAUUACAAUCAACGUGCAACGAAAUCGAUAACUUUUAAGAAACUUUGUAUUGCAUUAUUUUUACAGACUUACCUGUUCGUUACGUUAAACAAAGUGAUUACAGCUCAAUAUUUCGAAUGGUAUAUGUGUCUAUUGCCAUUUAUUGUACCAUUUUUUAAAAUUACAUGGAAAAAAUGGCUCGUCAUUAUUGUCUUGUGGUCAUACGCCAUUCUUAAUUGGCUUUUAUUUGCUUAUUUGUUUGAAUUUCGUAAAUGGGAUAUUCUAGGUUGGCUUUGUUCAGCUAGUAUUAUUUUUGUAUUGAUAAAUCUGUAUAUUAUAAUAUUUUUACAUUCAAAUUUUGUUGAUGAUCCUAAAUUAUUGAGGAAAAAAUAACUGAUUAAAUUACAUUCGAAUGAAAAAA